AUGUUCUCUAAACUAGUAGCUCUCUGCGCUGUGAUGGCGGUGUCCUCGGCUGGACUCCUGCCUGCCCCUGUACACUACUCUUCAGCGGCCGCCGUCUCCUCUCAGAGCAUCGUCCGUCAUGACGAGAACGCGGCUCCCGUUGCCAAAUUGGCCGUCGCUGCCCCCGUCGCUUACCACGCUGCCCCUGCUGCAGUCGCCUACCACGCUGCCCCCGCCGCCGUCACCUACCACGCAGCUCCUGCUCCCAUCGCCUACCACGCCGCUCCCGCAUCCAUUGCCUACCACGCCGCUCCCGUUGCUAAAGUUAUUGCCCAGCCUGAAGAAAUCGCUUACCCCAAAUACGAGUACAAUUACUCUGUUGCUGACGGACACACGGGUGACAACAAGCAACAACAAGAGGUCCGUGAUGGUGAUGUCGUGAAGGGCUCAUACUCCUUCCAAGAAGCUGACGGCUCUGUCAGAACUGUGGAGUACUCCGCUGACGACCACAGCGGUUUCAACGCCGUAGUACACAACACCGCCCCCACCGCCGCCCCCGCUUACAUCAAGGCCGCACCAGUCGUCGUCAAGACUCCCGUUUACGCCGCCCCAGCUCUCCAGUACUACCACCAUUAA